GCGGGAGACAGAGUAGCAGGUGGGUUCAGUUCAGCAAUCACUGAACCCUGGGUUGGAGCGAGGAACUCUGCUGAGUGCGGAGCCGGGGCAAGUACGGCCUCCAGGCUCCAGGGCUCCCAGGCUGAGAGGGUCAUACACACCGAAACAGCCGCAGCCUCAGUCCCGCCGCGCCCGCCGCGUCCGCCCGGCGCCCGCUCCGCGUCCCGACCGGCCCGCGGCUGCCCGCUUCGUCGCCAUGGCCACCUCCCCGCAGAAGUCGCCGUCUGUCCCCAAGUCCCCCACUCCCAAGUCGCCCCCGUCCCGGAAGAAAGAUGACUCCUUCUUGGGGAAACUCGGAGGAACUCUGGCCCGGAGGAAGAAAGCCAAGGAGGUGUCAGAGCUUCAGGAGGAGGGCAUGAACGCCAUCAACCUGCCCCUCAGCCCCAUCCCCUUCGAGCUGGACCCUGAGGACACAAUGCUGGAGGAGAACGAAGUGCGAACAAUGGUGGAUCCCAACUCACGCAGCGACCCCAAACUUCAAGAACUGAUAAAGGUAUUAAUUGACUGGAUUAAUGAUGUUUUGGUUGGAGAAAGAAUCAUUGUGAAAGACCUGGCUGAAGAUUUAUACGAUGGCCAAGUCCUGCAGAAGCUUUUUGAGAAACUUGAGAGUGAGAAGCUGAACGUCGCUGAGGUCACCCAGUCAGAGAUUGCCCAGAAGCAAAAGCUGCAGACUGUCCUGGAGAAGAUCAAUGAAACCCUGAAACUUCCUCCCAGGAGCAUCAAGUGGAAUGUAGACACUGUUCAUGCCAAGAGCCUGGUAGCCAUCUUGCAUCUGCUGGUUGCUCUGUCCCAGUAUUUCCGGGCACCAAUCCGACUCCCAGAUCAUGUUUCCAUCCAAGUGGUUGUGGUUCAGAAACGAGAAGGAAUCCUCCAGUCUCGGCAAAUCCAAGAGGAAAUAACUGGUAACACAGAGGCUCUUUCUGGAAGGCAUGAACGUGAUGCCUUUGACACCUUGUUUGACCACGCACCAGACAAGCUGAACGUGGUGAAAAAGACGCUCAUUACUUUCGUGAACAAGCACCUGAAUAAAUUGAACCUGGAGGUCACAGAACUGGAAACCCAGUUUGCAGAUGGGGUGUACCUGGUGCUGCUCAUGGGGCUCCUGGAGGGCUACUUCGUGCCCCUGCACAGCUUCUUCCUGACCCCGGACAGCUUUGAACAGAAGGUCUUGAACGUCUCCUUUGCCUUUGAGCUCAUGCAAGACGGAGGAUUGGAAAAGCCAAAACCACGGCCAGAAGACAUCGUCAACUGUGACCUGAAAUCCACACUGCGAGUGUUGUACAACCUCUUCACCAAGUACCGGAAUGUGGAGUGAGGGGCAGACUGGACCGUCCCCUGAACCGCCUUAACCUGCUUAUUCCUGUCUCUUGCUCUGUGCUCUCUCCCAAGUCCGCCUGCUCUAUUCCCAGAGAUAGUGGAAACUGAGAUUAGGAAGGAAAUGAUCAGUAACUCAGGGGGCUGACCCACACCUCCCAGGCUCUAAAGCUGACCCUGCAAUGGCUUGUGAAGGUUGUUGCCAUCCCAGUGCCAGGUCCAGAUUUCCCUCAGUGCGAUCUGGAACCAACUUAGGCACAAGAGCCCACCCACCCACCCACCCACCCUCAGAAGAUGAAAAUAAAGGUAAUAGUUACCAUUGAAUGGGUGUAACCUAUGGGCUGGGCACCACACUAAGUGCUCUGAGCUACUCAAACUCACAAAUACUCAUGACUCCCAUUGAAGCAGAUGUUAUCAGCCCCUUUUACAGAUAUGGAAACUGAGGCUCAGAGAGGUUACAUGACUUGCCAGUAGCUGCCAUUUGUUUUUCUUCUUUGAAGAACAUAUGUGUUAAUAUCCAGCCCGUUGCAUUACAGUCUCUGCACAUUCUAUCCUUGUGUGUGUGUGUGUGUGUGUGUGUGUGUGUGUGUGUGUGUGUGUGUGUGUGUGUGUGUGUGUGUGUGUGUGUGUGUGUGU